UUUCCAGGUUUGACUUUAUGGAUCAAUCAAAAUGAACGAAGGAACUUUAAGUUUGUUAUUGCCAUUUUGCCAAUGCCCAGCUCCUUGAUAAACUUUUUUUAAGAAAAUCAACCUCUCAACUAAGGAUCUGGUUGGGGGGUUCACUCCAUCAUGUUCCGGCGUUCCGCCAAUACAAUCAAACAGGGACGGGCAAACCAGACACUGAAAUCGAGCUUAAUUUCAUGAACAAGUUGAGCAACUUUAAGGAAAGACUGCCUUUGCAGUCGGUAAAGGCUCUGCUCCCAAUUUUUUUUACAAAUAUUACCGACCACCUGUGAAUAAAUUCGACCAUUUUCGCGGUUGUUAAUAUUUUGUUUAAAGAACUUAUUUUUCUUUCGUUAGUCGAAUCCAAAGACAGAAUUGAAAAAAAAAAAACCUAAAGGGGAGAGAAGAACGCCGCAACGAAGGCGAUUUCACAACCUUCAACUAGACUAACGCAGUCGCAGUCGCAGUCGCAGUCGCAGUCGCUGACGCCACCUCCACCGCCGGAGUUACGCUUCGCUGCCUCAAGCAACCCAGUUUAUUCACUGGAGUUUUCCGGCUCCGCAAACUUUUUGUCUCUUGCGAAUUUGGUAUCAUGAAAAGGAGGGAGCGUAGUUGGAUGUAUGAUAGACUUGAUGGGCACCACCUUAAGCCCGAGUUUGUCAACGGGGUUGGAGACUUCAUUGAGUUUUGCAAAGAGCAUCCAACUUUCAAUGACCACGGCGAAAUAAGAUGCCCAUGCUCCGGGUGUGACAACAGACAUUUCCAUGAUGUCGAAACAGUUAAAGUACAUUUGUACAAGAAGGGGUUUGUUCGUAAUUACUUUGAUUGGAUAUGUCACGGGGAAAUUUUAGGAGAGUCCUUGCCUGUUCAAUCCAAUCCAUGUCAGGAUAUGGUUGUUGAUGCUCUUGGUAAUAAUCAAGAACAUUUGUCGUAUGAAGAGACAAAUUCAGUUAAAGAAGAACCAACCGAUGAAGCUAAGAAACUUUUUGACCUUCUAAAGGCAGGCGGGGUUCCAUUAUAUAAAGGGAGCAAGAUAUCUGUGUUGGAGAUGGCUCCCGAAAAUGGAGGUGUGUUGCCUACCGCUGGUGAUUUAUAUUCGACGAUCCGCAAGAAUGGAAUACCGGGUAAAGAAAAAGUACCUUGUAAUGGUAAAUCGAAACAGAUCAAGGAUACGUACGAGAAAAAUGAUGUUGAAUGCUAUGAGAAAGACAUUGAUAAAUGCUAUUAUGAGACGGUAGGUGGGAGAAAGAAGAGAAAAAAUCCUUGUCUGGGAAGUGAUGGAGAUCUCUAUUACAAAAGGUCUUCGAGAUGGGGUGGCAGUUCAUCUAGCCCUUAUAUCACACCUUGUAUUCUUUCUCAAAUUUCCACACAGUUAGAAGAAUGUCAACUACAAAUGUUUCAACAAUCCCUCGAGUUUAAAAGUUUACAAUUGGAGUUUAAAAGUUUACAAUUGGAGUUGGUGAAACAAAGGCUUCAGAUAGAAAGAGAAGAACGUCAAAUGCAAAGGGAGAGAGAAGAAGAUAGAAGAUGGACUGUUGAGUAUGUUGCCGAGAUGAGAGAGGCAAUGACCACCCAUGCUCUGAUGUUCAAACAGAUGUUCAAACAGAUGUUCAACCAGUUUAGUGGUUCUUUCCCUUGCAAUAAGCAGCAAGCCCCUCUAGAUUCGUCUAGCGAUUCGUCUAGUGAAGGGUAGGAGGGGUAUUGCGUACUAGUUGGUUAUUUGAAACUGUACACAAAAUCCUAUUGUUGCACUAGUAUUGCAGCAGUAACAGUAGUGGAAAAUAUUGGUUACAAAAUUCGAUCUGCAGGCGAGCAGAUGUAAACAUUGAGGCACUUGUACGACAUUGAUGAUCAGAGUUUAUCGGAAAAACAAAAGGCUUCCCUGGA